AUGUCUUACCCAGGCGACGGCGCGCUGCUAGAGUACCGCCCGGCAGGACCAUCAGCGGCAGCGGACCGAUCAGCGGCUUCCGCGCCGCGUGUCGCGGCCGGCAACGGUGGCUAUUCGCUGUUCGCGCGGAGAGACGGUUUCGCUCCGUCCACCAUUCUGCGACUCGAAGUCGCCGCGCUGCCGACAGCUGCUGCUGCUGAUAGUUCCGCUAUCCCCGCCGCCCCCGCCGCCACCGCCGCUUCCGCCGCAUCUGACGCUUCCGGGGCGGCGGGCGUGCUGAUCGCGCUGGCGGACUGCGUGAGGCUGGCGGCGCUGCCGUCAUUGGAGCCGCUGACGUGUCUCCCGCGCACAGCUGGCGCCACGUCACUGGCGUGGGACGCGGAGGGCGGCGUGCUGUGCGUGGCGAUCAAACGGAGAGUGCUGGUGCUGCGGUUUGAUGGCCGCUCAGCUUUCAAGGAGGAACGUGAGUUCACGUGCCCAGACGCCCCUCGCCUGCUCGCCCUGCCCUCGCCCACCACGCUCUGCGCCGCCACACCCGCCAAGUACCUUCUGCACCACAUUCCACCGCCCGGCACCGCUGGCAGCGGCGGCUCGUGGCGGGAAAUGCUGCCGUGUGGGCAGGUGGCCCCACCUAGUGUUGUAAAGCUGCCCCGGGGAGAGAUGUUGGUCGGCAAGGACAGCAUAGGGCUCUUUCUUGACGCCUCUGGUCGCCCUCUGCGCUCCCACGGCAUCAACUGGUCGCGCCCGCCCUCCCACGUGGCUGUCAUGCCGCCCUACGCCCUCGCCAAGCUCCCCAAUUACAUCGAGGUGCGCUCCUUGCUGCCGGGCCAUGCCUUGGUGCAAACCAUCCCCCUGCGGGAGCAUGCAGCGUUGUGGACUCCUCCAAAUCUCCCCACUGCCACUACUGGCGCCGUUGACGACAGCAGCAGGGGGGCAGGGCGGUCAGCCCGGGGUGUGUUUGCAGUGGCGGAGGAGAGUGUGUACAUCGUCGCUCCUGUCUCCCUUGCCGCUCAGAUCGACCAGCUAGUGAGCGAGGGGCUGUUUGAAGAGGCGCUCUCCCUGUGUGAGGGGCUAGAGGAUGGGGAGGGGGAGGAGGAAGGGGCGAGGGAGGGGGAGGAGGAGAGGAGCGGCCAGCCAAGGAGGCGCAUGGACCUGGUUCGACUGCGUCUCGCCCACCAUCUCUUCUCAUCGGGUGAAUUCGACCGGGCCAUGCAGCAACUCGCCCUCUGCUCCUUGCCGCCCCUCCUCCCAGCCCUCUCGCUCUUCCCCUUCCUCCCCUCCCUCCCCUCCCUCCCCUCCUCCAUCCUCUCCCUCGCUGCCUCCUCCUCCCCCUACCCUCCCUCCUUCCCCUCCGCCUCCCCCUCCUCCCCCUCCUACCCUCUCUCUCCUUCCUCCACACCUUCUGCUGCUGCAACACCACCGGGAGUGCAAUCGCAAUCAGAUCUAACCGGGCGGCAGCGCAAGCUGGCGUUGCUGUCUCUAGUGGCUGCCACAGCAGACGCAUCAGCAGCAGCAGCAGCCGCCACAGCAGCUGAUGCAGCCGCAGCAGCAGCAGAGGCAGAAGAGAGAGAUAUCCUCUCUGAAUCACCGCCUGACUCGCCCGAGACUGCCUUUGACUUCAACCACUCGCUCUUCUCCUCCUCCGGCCCUCUCACCUUCGGGGCGCGUCCCAGCCCCCCUCCCCCUGCUGCCACUAGCAGCAGCUACAACACCCACAGUUCCCUUGGCAGUAACAUCAAGAAUGGCGAUGCAACCGCCACCAUAGAAAGCAGCAGCAGCAGCAACAACCUGGGAACGAGUGGUGGUGGUGGUGGUGGGGGGGUGUCUUUCGAAGGGCCUCUGGAUGCAGCCUCUGUCUCUCGCGCUGCUGCUGCUGUCACUGCUGCUGCUUCUGCUGCUGCUGUGCGGACUGGUGAUGGGCAUGGGCAGGCGCUAGCCAUACAGGCAGCACCUUCUGAGUUCUCCCCUGCAGCGGUUGAUCGCUUUAUUGCCGCUCUCUCUGUUCAGACACCUCUCUCUCAGCCUCUUCCUCCUGCUUCUUCUCCUUCACUUGUCAUUCCGAAUCAAGAAGGGAGAGGUGGUGGGACUGAUAAUGAGUUAUUUCAGAUGCAGAGCGAAGGAGCGGGGAGAGGUGGAGGGGGGGCAUCCAUGUCAGCGACGGGUGUUGCUGACUCAGCGGACCCGAUGCACCCGCUCCGAUCGGCUCUGCAUGCGUUGUGGGCGGCCGAUAACUUCUGCCACGUCAGCACUGUGGAGGCGGCGCUGCGUGAGGAGGACAGGUGGCGCGACGUGAUUCGCUUUCUAUUUUUCAAGGGAUUGCACAGAGAGGGUCUUGUGCUCUUAAGAGAGAUGCUUAAGGACGGUGGAGUGGGAACGGGGUGGGAAGGGGAGGAGGGGACAGAGGUGGAGGGAAGGAGAAAGGUAGAGGGAGAAGGAAUGGAGGGAGCAGGGGAGAGCGGUGAUGGUGGUGGUGGUGGUGGUGGUGAUGAGACGAGGGGGAAGAGGAGGGAUGCUGACGUGGUAGAGAACUGCUUCAAGGAAUACGUGGAGCUGCUAGGUCAGCAGCCACGUCAGCAGCCGCUCGUGCUGGAGGCGCUGACAUGGCGCUUUGAGGACGACCCGACUGCUGCGCUGGCGCUGCUCACAUCGCUGCGGCACCCCCCUCCCAACGGUAUAGCCAUGUCCCCCGCAUCUCCCUCCCCACCAGACCUGGUGCUCUCUCUCAUCCGCCAGGUGGCCCCUCACCUCAGUGUCUCCUUCCUCCAACACCUUUUAGAACAGACAGCGCAGGCCAUGGGAGAGGGGGGUGGCGGGUGGGGGCUGCUCUGCUCCUCUCUGCCAUCAAGACCUCGUGCUCUCGCUCAUCCGUCAAGUGGCCCCUCACCUCAGUGCCUCCUUCCUCCAACACCUCUUAGAGCAGACCGCUCAGGCCAUGGAAGAGGGCAGUGGAGGGUGGGGGCUGCUCCUUCUUGUCAUUCCCCCCUCAUGCUGGUGUCUUGUUCUCUCCUCCGCCCUCUUCCCCCCCUCUCCACCCUGUCCUCCCGCCCUCUCCCACCCCGCCAGACCUGGUGCUCUCGCUCAUCCGUCAGGUGGCCCCUCACCUCAGUGCCUCCUUCCUCCAAAACCUCUUGGAGCAAACUGCCCAAGCCAUGGGAGAGGGGGGUGAAGGACCUGGUGCUCUCGCUCAUCCGUCAAGUCGCCCCUCACCUCAGUGCCUCCUUCCUCGAACAUCUGUUGGAGCAAACAGCUCAAGCCAUGGGAGAGGGGGGUGCGGGGGACGGUGGGGAAGAUGGGGAAGAGGAGGAGGAGGGAUUGGAAGGGGGCUGGAGGGACAGCAGCGGCAGUGGCGGCGGGGGGAGCGGGAGAGGGAGUGGGGAGGAGAGUGGAAGGCGGUCGAGCGGCAGUGGGGUUGGGUCCAGUGGAGAGGGUGGGGGUGUGGUUGGGGGGAGUCAGGAGGUGCAGGAUGUGGGGGCAGCAGCAUCUCAGCUACAGCUAGACCUGGUGAGUGGAGGGCCUUUUGAGGUUCGGCUCAGCCUUCACCGUGUCAAAGCGGAGCUCCGCCAAUCAGCAGCUGCCACGUCAACAGCAGGGAUCUCCCCAGCCACGUCAGCAGCAGGGGAGCGCCCUGUUGUGAUUUGUCCAGAGAGGGCCAAGCUGGCAGCUGUGUUGCAGCGGAUCAGGCUGCGGCUUAUUCCAGAGGUGCUGCAAAUGCUCCCGCCAGACUCCCUCUUUGAGGAGAAGGCCUCCCUUCUCCUGCGCCUCCUGCUACACACCCACGCCCAUUCCCCUGGCCAAGCCACUGCGGCCGCAAAAACAGCAGCAAGAGCAGCUGCAGCAGGACUUGCAAAUGCAGCCCCUCAUGCGGGCUCGGGUGCAACGUGCCUGCACGCGAACCCCAUGAGAGCAGCAAUGCUUUCGGGUGCACGAAUGCCCGUGCGUGCAGCAGAGGCAGCAGCAGCAGCCGUGGAGGCAGUGGGUGGUCGAGAUGCGCUGCUGUGGAUGGUGCUUGUGCUCUAUGCCAGGAAGCUGAAUCAGCCCUUGCACUGCAUCUCCAUCUGCGACCAACUCGUCUCCUCUCCGCCCUCUCGCCCAUCCACCACCUCCCUCUCUCACCACCCUUCUCCCACCCCUCCCUCCUCCUUCUUACCCUUCAUCUCCCCUCGUAUGCCUCCUCCUCUCACCACCACCACCACCACCACCACCUCCUCCUCCCCCUCUUCCUCCUCCUCCUCUUCUCACUCCCACAUUCCUGCGCUCAUCCCUCUCCUCCCUCCCUUCUCCUCUUCUUCCAUAACCGCUUUCCAAUCCACUCCCACCACUGCCACCACUGCACAAGCACAAGCACCACCACCAGCAGUGGGAGGGGAAACAGGAGGAGCAGCAGCAGGGGCAAAAACAGCAGCAGGAGGAAGAACAGGAGAGACCAGAGGGGUUGCAAGGGAGGAGGCUACCCCUGAUGUGGGAGGCACCAGCUCUAGCAGCUCUAGCAGCAGUAGCAGCUCUAGCAGCAGUAGCAGCUCUAGCAGCAGUAGCAGCUGUAGCAGCAGUAGCAGCUCUAGCGCCCUUCUUACUGCUUCCACGCCCCACCAAGUGCUGCUGCGGGUGCUGCUGCUGUCUGACGUGGCGCUGACUCAGUUUGCCGCCCACUUUGGGAGGAUCUACCCUGUCAGUCAAGGGGAGGGCGAGGAGGGGAAGCAGAGAGGGGAGGAAGGUGCGGAGAAGGGGCAUGGAGAUGGACAGAAGGGAAGGAAAGGAGUUAGAACGGAAGCAGAGAUGGCAGAAGCACCAGCAGACGCAGCAGCAGUGGACGCAGAAGCAAGGGCGAUUGGUGCAGAGAAGAGGGGAAAGAGGCUAGCUGUGAUAGCAGAUGUGGAAGAGGAGGAACGGGGGGACAGGGGGGGAAGCAGCAGCCUUGCGUCUUUGGUUCCGGUCUCCUCAACCCUACAGGGCCACACGGGUGUGACAGAGAGCAAGAAGGAAGAAGGAGAAGCAAGUCAAGCGUUUGGCGCGGUUGGGAGACGAGGGGGGGCGAACAGGUGGGGGCUGAGGGAGGGAGUGAUGGUGGCGGCGGCUCUUGAGGUGAUGGAGAGGCGGUGGGCAAUGGUUGACCCCUGGGAGGCGUUACACAUGCUACCAAGUGACGUACCUUUGCAGAGCGUGCUGCCAUACCUGGAGGCAGUGCUGCGGGCGGGCAGUGAGCAGAGGAGGAACAGUUCUGUGGUGAAGAACCUCAGGCGCAGCGAGAACCUGCAGCUCCGGGAGGAGUUGGCGAAUGGCAGGAAGCGCCACGUCAGCAUCACGGGGGACCGGCUGUGCGCCAUCUGUCGCAAGCGGAUUGGAGGGAGCGUGUUUGCCGUCUAUCCGGGCGGCACGCUGGUGCAUUUUGUCUGCUUCCAGCACCACCAGACACAGCUGCCUGCUGCUGCUGGUCCGUGA